AGAGGGUAAGGAGAGGGAGAGAGAGAGAGUCAUGAGUAGUUGCUAGGCAAGCUCAGCCUCUAAAUCGCUAUGUCUCUCUCUGGUGAGCUCUCUCGUUGUAUCACAUGGGGAAUGUAGCUGAGCAGCCAAGCAGCCAGUCACACAGAGAAGAGAGGAUCACUCUGAUUACACAGCAGCAGAAACAAGAGCUUCAAUAACACCGCUAUCUACAUGCAGUGUGUGUCGGCAGCUCUUACAGCACACACCAGCUACUAAAUGGCAGUCCAGGAGGCAUGACUCUCCUCUGUCUCAGGCAGCAUGCAUUUAGCUAAGGUCAUGGUAGAACAGACCUUUCUGGAAGUCAGACUUAAUGGUUAACCUUAUUUGAUGACUCUGCUGCAGCUAAAAGACUGGUCUGCUUCAUGGUGGACUAUGCUCCAGCUUGAGAGUGCCAAAUGGAGUUUUCUUCUCUGCCUUGGAAUCAGCAUCUUAAUUUGCUCAGUCAUUUAUCUUAAGGGCAAACCUUACGCUCAAAGUCCACUGCACCGCUCCUUGAGCUGCCGUCCAUUCCCAGAAAACUGUAAAGUUUUGCCACCUACCACCACUUACACAAGUUGGGAAAGAACAGAAUGUCAGAACUUUAGCUACUUUAAUGGUCCACUAAACUGCUCCCAUAUGCAACACAAGUUUCACUUUAUUAUGAAGACCCUGAGCAAAGAAGAGGAAGACUACCCUCUGGCCUUCAUCAUCACUAUUCACAAAGACCUGGAGAUGUUUGUGCGUCUGCUCAGAGCCAUUUAUGCACCACACAAUGUUUACUGUAUUCACGUAGAUGCCAAAGCUCCAAAAGACUACAGAGUAAGUGUUGAGAGAUUAGCAGACUGUUUUCCAAAUGUCUUUCUAUCCUCAGUUAGUGAGACAGUGACCUAUGCAGGAUUUUCCCGCCUGAAGGCUGACAUUAACUGUAUGGAGGACCUGGUGAAGGCUCCAGUCAAAUGGAAAAAAGUGAUAAACCUGUGUGGCCAGGAUUUCCCUGUCAUGAGCAACCUGGAGCUGGUCUGGUAUAUGCAAGAUGAGGAAUGGAUAGAUAAUAAUAUGACUCCAGGUAUAAAACAGCCAACUUACAUGCGAUACAGGACUGAAAUACAACACAAGGAAGUCACAGGUCAAUAUGUGGUAGCCUUGAGUAAAAGUCACAAAAAGACCCCUGCUCCACACAACCUGGAGAUCUACUUUGGCACAGCCUACUACAGUCUAAAAAGAGAAUUUGUGGAAUAUGUCCUUAACAGCACAGUGGCCAAAGUACUAUUGGAAUGGUCUAGGGAUACCUACAGCCCUGAUGAACAUUACUGGGUAACGCUUAACCAUGUGAAAGAGGCCCCUGGCAGUAAGGUAGAAGGUGGCUGGGAAGGUAACAUUCGCGCCAUUAAAUGGAGCGACCAAAAAGGGACAGCACAUCAAGGUUGUAAUGGACGUUAUGUCAGGGAUAUCUGCAUCUACAGUGUUGAGGAUGUACCCUGGAUAAUUGAGAAAAACAGCAUGUUUGCUAACAAGUUUGAGAGCACAAGUUUUCCUGAUGCUCUGGACUGCCUGGAACAGUGGCACAGGCACAAAGUCUUACAGCAGGCAAAGGUGCCCAUUCAGUCAUCAUGGAAACUUGCAAGAGAGAUAAAGAUUAGGAACGCCACAAUAUCAGUCUGAAUUAAGAGAUUAGAUCAAAGUUAAACAGUCAGUUCUUAAACUAAAUUUUAUGAUAUUUAACAUAAAAUGAUAAACAUGAGUUGUGAAUACUGAGCACAGUUACAUUAUUUUUACGUUUGUUGUCUGACUAUGGUUUUGUGCAUAAUAAUGUACAUAUGUAUUUGUGUAAAGUGAAUUUAAUUUAUUAAUUGUUAUUUUUUUAUAUAGGAUUCCUUUAUAACAUUUGCUUUUGAGCAGAAUUUUCAGAAGAUCUGUCAUAAAAUUAACAACACAUAUUAGAAGGCGUCAAUAUAUAAAUGUCGCUGUCACUGUUUGGGCUUUUGUUCAUGUCCACUAUCCAAAAACUGGGUCAAAUGAUAAAACAAGUGCACUUAGUUUUCAGAGUUUUUGCCAUCUUUAGGCAUCUUUAUAGAAUUAUACUGUAUUUAUGAAACCUCUUUGUGAAACAAAGAACAGAACAGAAAGGAGCCAAAUCACGGUUAGGAACCUUUUAGUAGAGGUUACUUAGUGGAUAUCAAUGUAUAUUACUGGCAGAAACAAGUAAACAAAAAAGUCAAACAGUGAUUUCAGCUGACAGGAUUUCACAGCAGCCACACAGUUGUUAUGUCCUUAAAAAACUAUUCCACCUAAUAAUUUUAGUUAUUACAAACAAGUAGCAUCUCAUUCAUGAAAUGCUGCAUUUCACAUAAAAAAUUGAUCAACAUAGAUUACCAUUCGAAAGUAUAGACUGAUUGGAGAUUGAAUUUCAGAUGUCAUUAACAACCAUACAAUAAACCUGUUCAUUGGUUCAUGCAGAGCCAACUUGUAGAAAAUAAAUGCAAUGUUCACCCUCCCCCUAUUUCAUUGUGUUAUGAUUUUUUUUAAUGAUUGUGGUAAUAAUUCUACAUCUAUUUAUAUACAUCUAUAUCAAGGCACUUAUAACUGUACUGCAAUUUCAGAGUAUAUCAUUAAACUAUUGACAAUUUUC